AUGGUGUUCAACAGCUUGAUGUUAUUGUCGGUGGCGAAAGUGUCGGCCGGAGUUUGGCAAGAAAUAGGAUGUUUUCCGGAGAGAAUAAGCAACGAUCAAUUGUUGGAUCUGUUCUGUUUCUUCCCUCUUCAGCAAAUCGGCAGUUUGGCUUUCUGUCUUUGGACUUUCUUCUGUCUUCCCCCUUCUGCCGAUUCUUCUUCUUCUUCUUCAUCUAAUUACUCCGAUUCUUCCUCCUCCGGUGGUCCGUACUAUUUCUACGCCGACGAUGAUGACGUGGACGACGACGACCACGGCUAUCACAAUUAUUCGCACUCCGACUGA